AUUCCACAUAAUUUGAGUAUAUUAAAGAAGACUUUAAAGAACAGAAUUAGUGUAUUUUAGUCCCAUCCCAGGUCAGUGUCUUGGUUCUGACCUCUUCAUAGGCCAUGGUAACUAGAAAAGUACUGUUUUUUGAGCUGGGGUUAAACUUUGCACCAGGGUUUUAGCGCAGACAUUUCCAGAGGAGACAGGCUUUGCACCAAACGUUAUGUUGAGCCGGGCAGAUUGUUUCACGUACCCGAAGUGAACUAAAUUAAAGCGGAUCGAAUGAGAGAAGUUUUUAGAACAUGUUAAAUUCGAAUGCUGUUAUCCAGGAUGACAUACGGUCCCGAACCGAGCAAGCAGCAACCCGAUUAAAUCAAUUGUGAGUAACGAAAGAAGUCGAUAAGAACAGUAAGUCGUCCAAAUUAGCAUAAUUCAGCUCGGCUUACCCCCGACAAACGACCAGUAUAUGCAAUCACCAAGCACCUGAUGACAAAUUAAGGGAUGUAUGGCUAGCUUUAGGUCUGCCUACUUACCAUUGCCUGUCUUAGGAUGAUGUCUGGCGUCAAUCACUUAAAGAAACUGGAUGAAAAGUGGUCGAGAUCACUUCAGUGAUCCAUCAUGGACCACGAGAACUAAUCAUGUCGAUGACGCUCGUUAUCAAAAAUUACCUGAUCGUCUGUAAGGUGCCUCUUCCAUCAAAUCAUGAAUUCGCGUUCAUCAAAGUAAAGACGAUGUUUUCACGUAGUUUUUAUUUCAUGGAUUAGGUGUAAAUGAAAAGAGAUGUAAGAAAUUUAAAACCAUGGUAAUUAUUUCCUCUCUCGGCGGCCAAAACACUAAUUUGAAACGAAAAUGGAUAUAAGAUAUAAUUACAUGCCAAAUAAUAAUUUUCUCUACGACUGGCCUUUAGGUGAUUGUGGAUCAGUUUAACUUUAACUAACAGCCAGACCAAGUGCCGGCUGAAGAUGUAUCGCAUUUUCCUAAUUUCUAUCGCACUGCUGAUGCCUUGGUGGACUCCAGCCUGGGGCAUAUCACUUUCCCCUGCAAACUGGACACAAGAAGAGUAUGAUCGCCUGGAAAGAAUGUCGCUCAACCGCUAUGAGCGACCGAAGCCAUUGGCAGUUAGUGAGGGUAGAGGGAUUGUGGCUGGGACAACUGAACCUUUCGCCGUGCACUCGGGAAUGGACGCGCUCAGGAAGGGUGGGAAUGCUAUGGAUGCUUGUUUGGCAACUGCCCUUGCAGAGGUCACGCUGGCGACUGGUUCGUAUGUUUCAUAUGCUGGUGUCACGCAAAUUCUCUAUUACGAGAAGUCAUCUAAUAAGGUGUACAGUAUCAAUGGCGGCUGGAAUACCCCACUGAAAGGAGACCCGUCCCAGAUCCCCAAAGUUCACACUCCAGAAGCCAAUGGUGCGUCUGUUCUCGUCCCAGGUUUCAUUGCGGGUGUAGCUGACGCUGCAGCCAAAUUUGCAAAGUUCCCUCUCAGUACUUUGUUCGAGCCCGCGUUGUAUUUCGCUGAAAACGGAUUUAAGCUGUCCACUGGGAUGGCUUCCGCCAUCAAAAUAUACUACAACGACAUUACAUUGUUGCGAACAAGUGAAGGUGAAAAGAUUUUUACCAAUCCUGAGACUGGGAAGCCAUACGCCUCUAACGAACUUUUCAAACAACCAGAAGUAGCCGAAUUUAUACGAAGUGUGUCUGAGAAUCCAAAGGAGUUCUUCUACAAUGGAACGUGGGCCGAGCAGAUGACGUCUCUGAUUAAAGAGGCUAAGGGAUUUAUUGCCCUAAAUGAUAUGCACCGCUAUCAAACGCAAUGGGAAGAGCCCUUCAAUACGUCGUAUCACGAAUACAAUGUGUGUACGUCUGGAAAUGACUGGGGCGGAAUUGAACUAAUUGAAAAGCUGAAUCUAAUGGAAAUGGCAGAAAUCGGCCAGAAACCUGGGUCCAGUUACAUCACAAAUGCGACCGAAUUUUUCCGACUCGCCUCGAUCUCUCGCUUUAGUUUCUUUGUUUCUGCUUUCUUGCACUCAAACCCUUCUGGCUUAUCGAUCUUGAAAGAGAACUUUGACCUUGAUUUCUCCAAUCGCCUCUCGAAAGGGUCUGCGGAAGCCAUUUGGGAGAGGAUCGGUUCUCCUGAAAAGAUGAGAGACGUCAAUACCAUAAUUAAAAGACUGCUUGGUGGAGAGGAGAACAUAAGAGACUUUAUACAUGGCUCAGAUUCUAUAGUCGCAGCCGACAAGGAUGGCAACGUUUGCUCCAUGAUUCACACUAUCAACAGUGAAAUGUGGGGAACAGGUCUUUUUGUGCAGGGAAUUGCUUUACCGCAUUCAGCUGCGAUAUUUAAGUCCUUCGUCAAGCAGACAACUCCCGGGGGAAGGCUUCCAGCGGGCCUUCAACCUGCUAUAGUAUUCAAGGGUGGCGAGGCAACCGGAAGCCAGCGGCCAGUCAUGGCACUGUCUGUUGUGGGAGAAUCGUAUCCCGUUGUGGUUCCACAGUACUUUACCAACCUCUUGGAUAGCGGUAUGAAUCCUAAAGAAGCCAUGGAGUCCCCUACUUUUCUUUUGCCGAGCUUCUCAGAUUUUUUCCAGGCGGUUCCUAUAGAAGAGUUCUCAGUUGCCAACAACGUGUUACAGGAAGUACGUAAGAUGGGACAAAACGUGACCGAGCUGGAAUAUAUGAAGGCGUUUGGACCAAUAGGAUUAGGAGUGGCGCUCACGAUAGAUGACAAUGGGGUCAUGUUUGGGUGCACUCACCCCCUGAGGAGAGGAUUGGCAGAGGGCGUUUAAACUCGAAUAAAGUCUUUUUCUCCUAUAGACUAACACUGCAGUUAAGAAACAUUUUGUGUGUGACUUUACGCCGAGAUAAAACGAGGAGUCUAGACAAGAAGGGUGAACUAAUUUGAGUUGAAAGGGUACCAGAGUGGCCCUUAAGUACUAAUUCAAGCUAAAACACGAUGAAAGAGUCCGUGGCAGUCUGUUUCAGCGCAUUACUUUGCCGCGACCGGCAACAGUUAUUAGUUUUUGCCUCCCUACCCGUCGACUGUUUUUCUCGUUUAUUCAGGAAUGUAGGUGAUAAUUUCAAAAAAUAAAAAUGUCAGGAUAACACAUAUGAUUAAAAAGAGAUAAAAUAUGACACGACUGAGAUCAUCUCCGCAAGAAUGAUAUCGCAAUUUUU